UUGCUCGGUGAAGAGCCUCCCGAUGAACGAAGUCUGAAAACAUUUUAUCGAACGAACGAUCGACCAGACACCCCCGCAAUCGAGCACUCCCAACGUUCGUCAGACCGGACAGUAACUCCCCACGUUGUGCUUGUGAACCGUGUUUUAUUGUGACCUAAUAACCGAAGGACUGAAAUCUCGAUUUUCUACCGUCCAACGAAGCGUGGACGACCGGAUGAGUCGCCUCUAGAUCGGUACACAGUGCGAAUCGCCAGAUUCCAAGCGCCGAUGUCGAUGAACUGAACAUCGAGUUUCGUCGCUUGUUAUCCAGUCAACGGAUCGCGCGGUUAUUCGACAAUUCCUUGAAUAAUGACAGUACUAAGAAUGACCUCACCGGGAACACCCCCUACAUCGACCCCGGGAUCUCCUCCGACCGUUACACCGGGUUCACCGAACCAGGCGGAAGCGCCUCAAGUCUCGUCGACGCGACCGGUUCACCAGUUGAGUUUUUCCGUCGCUGCGCUUCUCGCCGAUACCAAGAGACCGACCGAUUACUCGACUAGGAUAAGCAAUUCGCCGUCCACCGGAUCCGCGAGAUCUUCGCCCGUUACGUCCGCCUGUUCGCCGAUUCAUCAGCAACACAACAUCCUGAGGACACCUCCGCCCCUGCCGACCAAUCUCUCGAAAUACCCGAUCGCCGAUCCGAGAACUACGUUGUACUCGAGAUCGGACUCACCGAGAAGUGCGUCGGACUUGAGGACCUCUUCCAAAUACCCCGAAGCUCGAGAAUUAUCCGUGUCGGGAUCCCCCGGUCUCAGUCACGGCAUAGACUACCGGCUAUCCGGGUCACCUUCGUUCUCCAGUGGCGAUCAGAGAACUCCCGAUAUUGGCAAUUCGCAAUCUCCGAAGCAUCCGGCCGACUUGAGGGUAACCGACAACUACGCCGCCGUAAACUCGCCGUGCAGAAGUUUUCCAUGUUCGGAAGGAGACGCGGAACUCGACAUGGACGACGAAGACGAGGGGAGUCUCGUUGACGUCGAAGAACUUCAGCAAUCGUCGAGUCCCACCCCGGUCAGACCGACACCGGCUUAUCUCGGCGGAUUUCCAACCCUCGGCGCGAUGUCCGGAAUGCCACCCAGUCUACACUCGGCGGUAUGGGGUGGACAUCAAUCCGCCGCUGCCGCAGCCGCUGGUUUUUUUCCCGCACAUUUUUCUCACCAUGCUCCGUUGAACGAAAAUGGCGAACCGGCGAAGAUAAAGUGCAAUUUGAGGAAACACAAGCCGAACAGAAAACCGAGAACACCGUUCACCACGCAGCAACUGUUGUCAUUGGAAAAAAAAUUUCGGCAGAAACAGUAUCUGAGCAUAGCCGAGAGGGCAGAGUUUUCGUCUUCUCUUCACCUGACCGAAACUCAGGUCAAGAUCUGGUUCCAAAACCGUCGAGCCAAGGCGAAGCGUCUGCAGGAAGCCGAGAUUGAGAAAUUGAGGAUGUCGGCGGUUAGGCAACACCACAGUGCUCUCUACGGAGGUCACCCGGGACUCUUGGGUCCUGGAAGUCUUUAUCCUGGGAACGUCGCCGCCAUAUUUAUGCGACCCUCCGUGCCAAGGGCUCCGACCAGUCCGAACGUACCUCAAUUUCACGUACCGACGUCAACGCAGGGAAUGAAUCCGGCGAUGAUAUAAUUCCGCUACGGGGGAAAACGAGAGGAAAAAAUUGAGGAGAAUCGCGGCCCCGAGCUCCAAUUCCAGGUGAUCCUCGCCCGAUCGCAAUCGCCACGCGAUCGAUUCGCCGGCAAAUUUAUGAUCCCGUGCCCCCGGAUCAUCGACCGAAUCAAACCGACCGCUUCCCCGUCGGUGUAAUUAGUGGGAGUACAUAACGAACAAGAUAAACGAUUUGUUUACCCCGCUUGAUAAAGCUAAUGAGAGGAAAUAAAAGGCUAUCCAAUUGCGGAAGGGUUUUCGGCCGCAAUUAUCGCCCUUGUAAAAAGUGUAAAUAAAUACUAUUUAAAAAUAGAAACUCUGUAAAUAUUAUAUAUAUAGAUAUAUAUCUUCUCACGCGUAUAACGAGAAAAUGGUUGUACAUAUAGAAAUUGGUGCCAAAUUAUUCUUUCUUUGUACAUAAGCUACUUUCACACAGAUAUAUUAUACGUACACGUGAAUAUCAUAUUCAAACCUAUAUGCAUCAUCCUCCUACAACACAUACGUUAAUUAAUCGAUAUAAUUUUCAUUUUUGUAUAAAUGUACACAGUGACUGUAUAGCGGUAAUAGUGAUGAAAAGAAAAAAAAAAAAACAAAAAACGAAACUCAACUACUAUUUAAUAAAAACUCGGUAUUAAAUGAA